CUAAAAAUAGAACCCUUUUACCUAAUACUCAUUCUCCCUCACUCACCCUCAAUAAAAACCCUACUCCUCUUUCCCAUUCCAUGCAAAUCAAAACACGACCAAGAAAACACUCCUCAACAUAACUCAGAAAACCCUAUUCCAUUACAACACUACCAAACAUGAACAGAAAAAUGCUCUUCAAUUCCUCACUUCUUCUUAUCCUCUCCUUUUUCCUCUCAAAAGCUUUAGCUCAAUCCGCAGCGCCGGCUCUAUCACCUGGCCCACCGCCCUCCACCGAUAUCUACAAGAUCCUGACAAAAGCCGGGCAGUUCACAGUCCUGAUUCGCCUCCUUAAGAGCACUCAAGUGGGUAAUCAGAUCAACAACCAGCUUGGCAGCUCCAAUAGCGAGCUGACCGUCUUUGCUCCGACCGACAACGCCUUCUCGAGCCUCAAAACCGGCACUCUCAAUGGGCUCUCUGACCAGCAAAAGGUUCAGCUUCUUCAGUUCCACCUUGUCCCGUCCUUCAUCUCCAUCACCAACUUUCAAACUAUGAGCAACCCGGUCCAGACUCAGGCCAGUGACACUUAUGAAUACCCUCUUAACAUCACCACCUCUGGCAACCAAGUCAACAUCACAACUGGAAUAGUAAACACCACCAUCUCCGGGACCGUGUAUUCCGAUAACCAGUUGGCUGUUUAUCAAGUUGACAAGGUGCUUCAGCCUCUCGGGAUUUUUGCUCCCAGGCCACUGCCACCUGCCCCUGCCCCAGCCCCACCGAAGCCUAAGAAGAAAGCCACGGAUACCGAAAGCAGCGGGCCGACCACGUCGGAUGAUAGCUCGGACGCCAUUGGUGUUACUGGAAAUUUGGGCAUGGUGGUACUGUCUAUGUCUAUGUUUGCAGCGGGCAUUUUUAACUUGUGACAGUGAAGAGUUUGAACAGAACUUUUUUAUAUUUUUGUUAUUUGGUGCGGAAGUGAGUUGGAUUGAAUGGUCAUGAUGAUGGACGUGGUGAGUUGGAUUGGAAUGAUGGUUGUUUCUGUUGGAUUCAUUAGUUUCAUUCAAGCCGGUUUGUGAUGAUCAUGAUGAACAAGUACCUUUUUCUUAAUCGAGUUUUCUUGUUUUAUUAUAUUUUUUUAUUCUGUUGUAUUAUUUUUGUUUUGGCUAAAAUCCUUUUUUAUGUUCAUCUGGUGCUUCGUUGUAUAAUGAGAGGUUAUGUUAUGUGUA